CAUGGGUCGUGAGAUUUUAACAAUGCUUAGAACACCAAAAUCGGGAGAGAAAUGCUAACUUAGUUGGACUUUCCUCGAUCGUGGGACUCCAAAUACGACGACUGCGUCUUGGCUGGCCGUCAUGAAUCAUGAUUGUCAGCACGCGAGCCUUGAUCUGUGGGAGGCUGGAGCUACCUUGCGCUGCCCUGAUCCAAGUUCAUGUAUAAAGAGCAUGUCGUGAGCUCAUCGACUUGGAGAAAAUGACUUUCGAGUAUCAUAUUACACACUUCAAUCUUUCUCACUGACCAACAUCUAUCUUUCCACACGCCGCUGCGUUUCUGAAUCCCCUCAUCAUGCGUCCAUCAAUUUGGUCUUGUGUGUUAAUGGCUGGCUCCUGCCUGGCUCAGGGUGACCUUGCUGCGCUUCUCGCCUCUCAAGAUGACCUCAGCACGCUGCUUGAGCUUGUCAAACUUGUGGAUGGCCUUGCAGACACUCUCUCCUCGGCUUCUAAUAUUACCAUCAUGGCGCCAACAAACCAAGCCUUCGCAAAUGUACCACGGGACAUCCCGGAAGGUGAGGCCAUCGAACUUCGCAAUGAUACUAUCUCGAUUGGAGCUCUCCUUGCGAACCACGUCUUCAAAGGAGUAUAUCCUUCAAACGUCAUCACCAAUAUUCCUACGUUUGCCCAAACUUUGCUCGACGAUUCAUACAUUACUGCUCGGCAGCCCUUUUCCAACUUUACUGGCGGUGCCUACAAUGGACUCGUAAAGAACGGAGAUGAUGUGUGCAUCCUGUCUGGAGAGCAAACCGUCUCUACCGUCACCAAAGCUGAUAUUACCCUGGGUGAAGGUAUCACGAUCCACAAGGUCGACACAGUACUUGCAUUUGGGGCUCCGUUGCAACUCUUCACAUUUCGAUCGGGCUACCUCGCCAUGAAUGCCGCGCUGGAGGCUGCUCAACUAAACUUCGCGCUAGGCGAGACUGGAGCCGACGUUCAAGGCCUCAAUAUCUCUGACUACACCAUCUUUGUCCCCACGGACGCGGCCUUCAAGUCGAUUGGCUCCGUGCUUGAGUCGGCGGACACAGAGACGCUCCAGGAGGUCCUUCGCUACCACAUUAUCCCCAACAAUGUCAUCUUCUCACCAUCCUUGGGCAAUGUUACAGUUCCGUCCCUCCAAGGGACCAACCUGACUUUCACUGUCUUACCAGACGGUUCUGCCUGGGUGAACAACGCAAAAAUCACGUUUCCUAACACCAUUUUAUAUAACGGUAUCGCCCACGUAAUUGAUAGCGUAUUGAGUCCAGGACACUUUGACCGAGCCUCUUUAGAGCCGUCUGCGCCUGCAUCUGAAAGACUCGCCUUUCCCAACGCAUCAUCGGUCUCGAGCUUACCUUUCUCAAGCGUCGCUUUCUCAACGGAUCUUAUGACAUACACAGCAACGCCAGUGCUGCUUCAGACUGUUGCUACCGUCGCAACCCCUCUAGCCGGUGCCACCACCACAACGUCAAGCCAGCCAAUUCCUGUUCCAACUGGUACUGGUAUUGGACUAUUCCCCCACGUGGUUUUAGCCCUUUCUGUCGCAAUAGGUAUCGCUGCAUUUCUUAUCUAAAACUACCGGGCUCUAGGGAGGAGCAAAAGGCGAAUGAUAUGAGAGCUAAGUACUAGUGCAUGACUAGUAGCUACUAUAGAAUUAUGGAAAUAUAAUAUACUCUCAAUAUCA